UUUAGGUUAAACUUGUAGCUUCUGUACAAGCUCCUUCUAGAAGCCAAAAAGCUAAUCAAAUGAGGGUUAGGAUGUGGAAACGAUACAAAUUUCUAUAGUAUGGCCGAUGUGAUCGCUUCUCCGAGACAAGAUUUACCUAAAAAGUUGCCUGCUUUGCCAGUAAUCGAGCAUCCUGCCUUGCGUCGGUCAGAAGAAAAUGAUCUCUUGCAGAUCCGAGGGAACUCCCGCGAAGCAACUGCAAUUUUUGAGGAAGGAGAUGAUUGCCUACCACCGUUAAGGCGGAGAACAAGCCAGCAAGGAAGACAAGGCCACUCCAGAGUAUUAACAUGGCCGUUAGGACAAGGAAAAGGAAAGACUCGCAACAUCAACAGCGGUGGUCCAGCAUUGGAAAAACCUUCACAUAAGCUCACAACUGAAGAGCUUGAAGAUCUCAUUCGUGAAAAGUUGCUGACCAGGAUUAGUGGGCUGCGUCAAUUGUUUCGUUCUAAUGAUCCUAUGGGCAAAGGGAAUGUAUCCAGGGAAGCACUUUCAAAUAUUUUGUAUCAUUUAUGUGGUUAUCUUACAUCUGAGCAAAUCAGUGGUCUUUUAAAGAGGCUUGGGCUGGACACACAGAGUACAAUCUCAUUUGAAAAUUUUGUUCGCCAUUUCCAAGACAAUGAGACUCUCACCAAGGAGUGGGUGGAUCCAGUGUUCAGACCACCUUCUCAUUUCAACUACCUUGCAAACCUACCAGCUAACAGAUUGCGUCAAAGACAAAGAGAAAUUGCGAUGGAACAGGAGCAUGCACUGCGCAAACAAGGACAGAAGAAAGCUCCACCAAAAUUCUUCUCUGCUCUGGAAGUUUUCCCUCAGCUUAAAAGAAGAGUUCAACAGGGGACACUUUCUUAUACAAAAUUGCUUCCCCCAUCUUGUUUUGAUGCUGAUGGCAUGGUCCUUAAGCCCCAGUUAAGGACUGCCCUACACGUGUUAGGUUAUCAAAUGUACGAGGAGGAAUUUGAGAAAGUUUGGGACAGGUUUGACAAGACAGGCCUUGGAGCAGUGAAUACAGUGGUUUUCCUCAAAACGCUGGGAAUAAAUCCUCUCCUUGAGCAUCUCAAGAGGGCGAAGCAAAUUCCCACCGAUAAACCUGUUGAUGAAGAUAAAGAAAAGGUCCCCAGUGAAAAAGAACAUGAUGUUGAAGAAGAAACUAGACUUCUUUCUAGGCAAGCAGAAGCUAACAAAGACCUGCCCCAGGAGGAAAAGAGUGCUUCUGCAGGACAGGAUCGUAUUCUGAGAUUGUUUGCUGAAAAGUUUAAAGAAGGCUACACCCAAGUAGUGAAUUCAUUCGGGAAGUAUGAUCCUCAGGAUACUGGACAGAUAAGCAAGGCAGAUUUUCGAAAAGCCCUGUCUGAAUACCGCUUGCAGCUUGGGCCGGUUGAAACUGAACAUUUUCUCCAAAGGUGUGGUAUGCGUGAAUAUAGCAUGGUUCCGUACAAGAAACUUAUGGAUUUGUAUCUAGACCGCUCAGAGAAAGGGCAGCUACAAGCUGUGCUUGAUGAUCCUAAACACAGGUUUAAUCGCAGCAGAGACUCAGCUAUUGGUAGCACAACUGCGUUUGAUGCAGAAGCCCGACUUCUGGAUAUCCUACAGGCAGACUUCUUGGCCUUGCUCGGCGCCUUUAAACAACUUGACAGAGACAAUUUAGGUCUAAUAAAGCGAUACCAGUUUAAAGAAUUGCUUGAAACUCGGUUCAAGAUGAAGGUUACCAAUGAUGAAUUGUCAUCAGUUUUGCGUCCGCUGUUGGAAGACACGAAUCACGGCUUGAUACCUUACGCCCAGUUUCUUGAGCUCUUUAUUUCACCAAGGGAAGAUAAGGAGGUUUCCAUCAAUGUGAAAAUACCGAGCUCCGCAACAGUCAGCGUCAAACCAGCCACUACACCCAAGGACUUAAACUCACCGAGAAGACCGCCAUCAAGAAAGUCACAAGAAAGGAGCUCUCUAAAAACGGACACAGCCAAGAAAGAAUCACAGCCCCGAAGUGUUCUUCAGUUAUUCUCCUUAAUUCGGGAACUACUUACAGAGAAGUUCCAAGUAAUUCAAAAGACUUUUCAGGGAAUGGAUCAACUUAAAAAAGGAUAUCUAUCUAAAGGAAUGUUUCUAAGAUUGUUUGAAAGAUACGAACUCAAGUUCACUUCACCGGAAGUCGAUUUACUUUGGUUCAAACUUCCUGUUGAGGAGGAUGGCACGGUCAGCUUUGCGCAUUUAGUAGAGUUUAGCUUCCUGAACUUCAACGUGACUACAGCUGCAAAGGAAUCAGGCCAGACUGGAUCAGGCUGCCUUUCGCGUGUUCUUCAAGACUACGCCAAAUCACUAUCACACAAUCGGUUGGAAUCUUUGACUGAGGAAAAAGAGGGAGACAACGGUGACUCCCUUCCCACUCCACCCUCCGUUGUUCCACACGAAGAAGAUGCAGAAUCCCCAACGGAAGACAAGACUCUUCCGCCCUUAAAGUCUCAAAAUAAACUGUCUGUGGAGGCAAUUUUAAAGAACAUAAAACAACAGGUUUGCUCUCAGUGGAGUGAAAUGAGGAACGCCUUCAUUGCAGUGGAAGAGGAAGGCAGUGCUGCGCUGGAAUUCGAUGAUUUUAAGGGUGUUAUGAAACGAUUUUGCAAGGAUAUGACAGACGAGGAAUGUUUGAGCCUUUGUUUGAAGUUUGAUAGGGGAAAAAACUCUCGGGUUUGCUACCUUGAAUUCCUGAAGACAUUUCUUCCCACUAUGCCUGUCAAGGUUGUCAAGGUUGACCAGCUCGGCCCAAGGGCACCGAUUAACAGAUAUCUUACAAAGGCGGCGUGGUUGGACAGGAAACGAGCACAAGAGGCGGUUGAUGGAGUUGUUGAUAAAAUUCGGAACCAGAUGAUUUCAGACUGGAAGGGACUGAGAAGAGCCUUCAGGAAGAUGGAUUCGCUGGGCGAUGGCUUCGUCUCCGUUACUGACUUUAAAUCUGCCAUGAACAGGUUUAACUUUUCGUUAAAUGAAGAAGAUUUCUUUCAUGUUUUCUCUGUGUUUGAUGAAAACAUGGAGGGAAGGGUCUCGUAUGUUGAAUUUAUGCGGCGUUCAUUGAGCGAGUAGAAAAGGACUCUUCGUUAGAGUAGACAUGACCGCAAGUGUGAACAGUUUUACUUGGAAUUUCCUUGGUCUGUUUUGCUUUUCUCUUCUUGUUGUUGUUUUUGUUCUUGUUUUAACAGUUUUUGUUUCUAUUUUUUUGUGUUAUUUAGUUUUGUUUUUUUUUGUUUUUUUUUUUUAGGGAAGGAGGGGGGACUUUAUUUCUGACUUGUAUUUCAUUGAUCAGUUUCUUCGGUUUUUGACCCGCAUUGAAAAUGUCUCAAAAUGAUUUUUUGGGCGUGUGACUAGACCACAAGUGGAAUGGUCUAGUGAUCUGAGUGAUUGUAGCACAACAAAGUAGUUGUAACUGAAAUCAGGCGCGGAAUGAAAUGUAAUCUAUCAGUAUCAUAAACUAGACAAUCGUGUCAGUCAAAAAAGGUUAUUCGUUAUCAGGCGCGGGAUGAAAUGUGAUCUAUCAGUAUCAUAAACUAUACAAUCGUGUCAGUCAAAAAAGUUAUCCGUCGCCAAGUGCGGCAAACGCUUUGUAUAUACGUCGCACUUAUUAAUAUUCUUCAAAUCACUUACCCAGUUGCGCAAACUAACUGUCGCGCAAGAUAUUGCUCAUUGUACCUAAUUGUAGGAGAAUAGUUCAGCGUUUAGUGUGAAUAAUCCAGUUCAUUUUUACUACAAGAUGAAGCAUUUGUGUGGGGUUGCAAAAUAGGGAAGAUGAAUUUUAAUGUUCGUCUAGAUAUGCCUACGCACUGUUAACUUUUCCCUCUUACUCCUUUGUACACUGGCCACGCAAGCUGGGCUGUGACAUUUUUCAUCGUUAUUUUUCGUAUUGUAUAUUUUAUUCUACUAAUUUAUUUCCACGUUGUAAUUAUUGCAUUAAACUUGCUCCUGACACCAUAAGUUUAAAGUUGGUAGUUAGUUUCCUGUGUCUAAUGGAUCUGCUUCGUGUUGGUCAAGCAUAGCAUCUUACACUGAUAUUAUUCUGGUCUUUUUCACGCAUAUUACGAUUUUGGGAGAUGUGGGCACUAGAACACGCAAAUUUACCUCUUUAGAAAAUCACUGUGCCUCAGUAUUGCUUUGUUAUUGGUAAACAGUUUCAUGCCUGUGACCGAAGCAUAGCACGAGAGAAAAGAAAGUAACUCUUGCUGUUUAGUGGCGCAUUUUGAGAGGUAGAGGGCACGGAAUGCGUCUUCAUCGAGUACUUGGUCGGUUGUUUUCGGCUGAUUUCGCAUUCCGGAUCUUUGUUAUUGUGUUGUGUUUUUUGUCUUUGAUUUUGCAACAAUAAAGGAUUUGAAACUA